AUGACAUUAUCACCUGUGAUGUCUCCAGCAUCAGAAAUUAAAGAUCCUAUUCUCAAGGCAAGACCAUCAAUGCCACGAACUCAUUCAAUGGAAAGGGGCAUUUCAUUCGAUACAUCACCACAUGGCCAUCAAAAGUCAUAUACUAUCAAGGUGAAACAUCCGUUAUUUAAAUUUCGUCGAACAAAUAAAACUUAUCUUGUGGGGUAUAAUGGAGAUAUGGAAUCCUCAAAAGCAGUCGAGUGGCUUUUCGAUGAAAUGAUUAUCAAUGGGGAUACUAUAGUGAUCCUACAGGUUCUUGAUGAAAAGAUUAACGAGUCGAUUGAUAAGAGAAAAGCUGAGAAGAAUCUUGCAAUGUUUGAAAGUUUGAAUCAACAUUUUAAAAAAGUUCGAAUAAUCCACCAAAUUGCCAUUGGUAAGGCUAGAAAAGCCAUGAGUGCAGCCGUUGAGGAAUAUAGACCGUCCAUGAUGGUUAUUGGAACCCAUCACUAUGAUGGCAAAGAACAUCACCGUGGUUUUGCAAAAUCUUCGUUGUCGAAACAUAUUUUGGAAUACUCUUUAGUUCCAGUUAUUUUGGUGAAACCCACAUACAAAUACGUCGAGUUUUUGAAACAAGAAAUAGAUGGCCCACAUUAUUUUGAGAAUUGGAUUAAGAAUAUCGAUGAAAUUGAAAAUAGAGUGAUAAGAAAGAAAGUGCCUUCGUUACUAAGUCCUUCAGUUUCUCGAAGUUCAUCAUAUACAAGUCUAGUGAAUGAAGAAAGAGGAAGAGGUAACCGCGAGGAAUUACAGCCAGAAACGAGAUCAAGAUCACGAUCAACUUCUAAGAGUAGAUUAUUUGCAAGGUUCUUCAAGACCGAUAAGACAUAG